ACCAAUUAAUAGUUCAUAGCAAGCAAAAAAUUGAUUUUGCAUGGAUAAGCUAGCUAUCUUUGCGCUCUUUAGUUUUCAUAUUUUUGUUGCAUCAUUUGGGGUGGCAAAUGCUGCAACAUCAUCAUCCUUUUGUAGCCAAACCCCCUAUCCAGACCUGUGCAAUUCUCUCUCAAUUAACACAAUGUCACCUCAAACUUCCUUCAAUGUUCGUGAUGCUGCCCUUAAGUUCACUCUCUCCCAGGCUCAAUAUGUCCAAAAGCUCCUCUCAACCAUGGAUUUGAGUUCUCUCAAUCAGCUAGGCAAGUCUGCUUGGGCUGAUUGUGUAGAACUCUAUGAAGAUAGCAUUGAUAACCUCAAUCGUGCUAUUACUUCUGCCAAUCCUACCAAAUUGGAUGAUGCUCAAACAUGGUUAAGCGCUGCUAUUGCAAAUCAUCAAACCUGCCAAAAUGGCUUUCUUGAUUUCCAAUUGUCUUCAAAUUUGCAAUCCUUCCCAUUUCUUGUGAACAGCACCUUCUCAAAGCACCUUAGCAAUUCACUUGCCAUCAACAAGGCUGCUUUAUCAGCAGCUGCUGCACAUUCCAGCACUCAACAAAUCAAAGGCAGGCGAUUGCUGAGUUCUAAUGGCUUCCCAGAAUGGCUUUCUGUUGGUGAUCGUAAGCUUCUUCAAUCAUCCGGUGGACCAACAAAAGCUGAUAUCACUGUAGCCCAAGAUGGUUCUGGCAACUACAAAACCAUUGCUGAAGCUUUGGCUGCUGCAAAGGGGAAGGGUGGCAGAGUUGUUAUAUACGUUAAAAAAGGCAUUUACAAAGAAAAUGUCGUGGUAACCAUGAAGAAUAUAAUGUUCAUAGGAGAUGGAAUCGAUGCUACAGUUGUUACAGGCAACAAAAAUGUUCAAGAUGGCUCAACAACUUUUCGAUCAGCAACAUUCGCUAUUACUGGAAGUGGAUUCAUUGCUCGAGAUAUGACAUUUGAAAAUACGGCUGGACCUCAAAAACACCAAGCAGUUGCUCUGCGCUCAGGGUCAGACUUGUCAGUUUUCUAUAGAUGCAGCUUCAAAGGCUAUCAAGAUACCCUCUAUGUGUAUGCCCAACGCCAAUUCUAUCGCGAUUGCGAUGUGUAUGGAACCCAAGACUUCGUCUUUGGAGAUGCAAUAGUUGUCUUUCAAAACUGCAAUUUUAACCUAAGAAGGCCACUAGGUAAUCAAAUGAACACUCUCACAGCCCAAGCAAGAACUGAUCCUAAUGAAAAUACUGGAAUAAUUAUCCAUAACUCACGAAUCACUGCAGCUUCAGACUUGAUAUCAGUUCAGGGUUCAAUCAAGAGUUAUCUUGGAAGGCCAUGGCAAAAGUAUUCAAGGACUGUAAUCAUGACAACUUCCAUAGAUAACGUGAUUGAUCCAGCAGGUUGGCUUCCAUGGAGUGGCAACUUUGCUCUAAGUACACUUUACUAUGCUGAGUAUAUGAACUCUGGACCUGGUGCAGCAACUGGCGGAAGGGUAAAAUGGGGGGGAUUUCAUAUUUUAACAAGUCCUGCAGAAGCUGGAAAAUUUUCUGUCGGAAACUUCUUGGCCGGAAAUUCAUGGAUUCCAGGAACUGGAGUGCCUUUCACAUCAGGCCUGUAAAAUAAACUAAAGUCACGUCUAUUCCUUUUUUCAUUAAGCUAAUACUGAAAGGUAUUGUCAUUGUCAAUUUAUCAAGAACAAGAUUACUAGACUAGCAUAUCGAUUUCAUGCAAUUGUCAAUAGUAUAAGUUUGCUCUGGUUUAGCUGU